CAACUAUCUAUCACAAUACCUACCACUACUUUUUCUCUGCCCGUUUCUCCCUCUCUCACAAUUCUUUUUAUCUUCCCAUUCCACCCUUGCACUAAGGUUUCACACAUUUCUAGAUAAAUCUUGUCCUCUCACAGAGAUUAUUUUUUUGCCUUCCUUCCUUCUUCCACACAGGCAUGGAUAUUGUGAAAGAAGGUUUUGUCAAAAUCAAAAGCCAGAGAUCCGGAAUAUGGUGGAGACGAUGGUUAGUGUUGCACCGAGCCACGAGCAAAGGGCCGACGCGCCUCUCAGUUUAUUCCAGCCGAAAGAAGACAAAUAAUGAACCAAAGGCAACGCUUUUCAUGAAAUCGGUACGAGAGGUACAACGGCUGUCCAGCAAAAUAAAGAGAUCUGCCAUUGCAAUUCUGACAAGAGAGGAUUAUUCUUGGGAGCUUUCCUUUGAAACAGAUGGCGAUGCCGAAGAUUGGCUAAACGUGGUUCUCUUGGAACACCAGAAGAGAGGUGACGCCAAGUUCUUCACAUCUCCGGGAAUCCACAAGCAGAUCCGGUCUGACUUGAAGGCCGACCAAUAUGAUGUCUAUCCGGUCUGUCCUAUGGCAUAUACUCCACUGGGAGAUUUCCAUGGGGAAUGUCUGAUGGUUCUUACGCCAGAAACAAUCCAUCUUCUUGAUGCUGGACAACCAACCUGUUGCCUAGCAACGUGGCAAAUGAAACAACUGAAGAAGUUCCAACUGAAUUCUCGCUGCCUCAGUUUGGAGGUCGGCAAGAGCUGUGAUAGUCCAGGUGGUUCUUUUGUGUUCAGUAGUAUUUAUAGUGAAGACAUCUUUGAACAACUGCGGCAGCAAGCUCACGUUUUUGCUCAAGACCUCGAUCUAGACUCUUUGUCGCAUUCGGAUUCCAUUUUAUCUCUUGAUUCCUCUAAAUCUUUUGAAAACCUGACACUUGUUCUGACCAAUAACGAACCAGAAAAUGAAUAAAAACUAUAAAAAUUAUGAAAAUAUCAGAAAAGAGAUUAAAAACAGAUGAAAAGAUGAGGAUAAAAUGGUGAAAUAAUUGUGAAAAUGUGAUGAAAACGAUGAAAUAAAUUUCUGUGAGAUAUAUCGAAGAGACUGUGAUGUUAAGGUGUGGUUUGAGGACGGCACCAGGAUGUGAUGAUCUCAUAUAGAUUCCCCCGCUAUGGGGAUGGUUGGAUACCUACCUGGAUAUCUUGUGCGAGUUUUGGGGGGACCAGCAUGGACCCUUUACCAUCUGCUGGAACCCCACACUGGCUGUCCUUCCUUCAAACUUUCUUUUAAAGCAAAUAUGGUUGUGAGAA